AUGACCAACCCCCCUCCCACUCGCCGUACCACCAGCCUUACAGGCACAUCGCGUCUUUCGCUCAGCGUUGGAAACAAGGCCGCACCUGUUCUGCCCAACACCAUGGCUGGCCGUCACCCCCUGCGUCACGACUACGUCCACCGUCCCCCUGGUACCAAGGUCGACUAUGAGAAGGAGAUCCACAAGGUCGCCACCUUUGGUUCGGCUGUGGCGCUCCCCGCUGCUGGGAUCGAGUCCUUCCUCAACCUCUAUGCGCACCUCACUUCGCCGUCGGAGCUUGCACCUGUGACGGAUAUGCUCUGUUUUGCCAGCCGUAUCCAGCGCCCGGGCAUCUGGGAGGAGAUGGUCAACGGUGGCAAGUUUACGAUCCGGUUGCUCCACCCUGCGACCCCCGUGCUGUACGAGGCCCUGCUGUUUGCCCUGAUCGGCGAUCAGUUUGACGAAGCGGAUAACGUUGUCGGUUGCGUUCUGAGUGUUCGCCAGACCGAGGAUAUUCUCAGCGUCUGGGUGGAAGAAGAGGGCGAGGGUGUUCGCUCUGGCGCGUUGAGAGAGAAGAUCCUGACGCUUCUCUCCCUGCCGCCUUCGACUCUGUGCGAGUAUCGGUCGAACAAGGCUCUGCUCGACGCUGCGUCCUCCCUGAAGGACAAGCUCGCGACCGAUGGACAGCACCUUGACAGUGUUAUUCAUGGACAGGCGCACUCGCAUGCCCUCCACUCGCACCCCCAUCCCCACACUCACCACCACAACCAGGGUGCGCAGGGCCACCACGGCCAGCACAAUGCUCGGCACCACGACCGGGGACACUACCGGGAACCCCGCGGACCCCGCGACGAGGCGGCGGCCGUCGGUGCCGGCAGCAGUGGCGAGAGGAGGACAGGCUGGGGCAACGGAUUCCGUAGGGAGCAGCAGCAGCAGCAGUAG